UGGCGGCGGCGGAAGGGGAGGCAAAGGCACCGGCAGCGGCAGGAGCAAGAAGUCACGGUGCUUCAGGGAGGCGGACGAGGCGCUCCUCCUGGAGACCUACUGGGGCAAGAGCGUCCACGACGCCAGGCAGCUCGACAUGGUGCGACUCGCCCAAGCCCUUGAGGAGGCUGCGGGAAGGCGCGUCAAGAGAGGAGGUGGCGGCGCUGGCGGUGGUGGCGGUGGCGGUGGCAGCUCAGCUGCUGCGAAUUGCCCGCAGGGUUCGCUGAAAAGUGACCCCGAGGGGGUCGCCCUGGAUGAGCAGCCGGGUGGAGACGUGGCCAUGAGGGCUCUGUCGCCGUGGAGAUACGUCAUCCGCCACGACACCACCACGUACCCCCCGAAGUACGCGGAGGCCGAGUGCCUUUGCCGGGGCUGUCUGGACCCAAGCCGCGGCUACAGGGAGACUCGUGACCUCAACUCGGUGGAGGUGAGGCGGUCCAUGAAGGUGCUGAAACGUCGGCCCUGCCCAGGUGGCGCGCACGACGAGUACCGGUACGACGUGGAGUACCGGCAGGUCGCCACGGCAUGCGUCUGCGUGCGUCCGGUUCGUGCCGGAGCCUGACGCAGGUUGCGCCCUGCGGCGGCCCCGCCCACCCCACCACCGCUGUCCACCACCACCGCCGCCAUCACCGCCGCCACCGCCGGCUCGCCCUCCGCAAGGGAAAUCGGUCGCUCGGCCACCCGCACACACAGACACUCACUCAGACACUCACUCAGACACUCAUCCAGACACUCACCCAGACACUC